AUGCCUUGGGAUCAAGUCCCGCGUCAGUACAGGUCGAGUUCGAAGUAUGCGAUACACCUCGCGCCUAACCUAUAUUUCUUAUCUAGAAUCUUAUAUGAGUGCAGCUUCGCGGUGAAAUGAUGAUUAUCUCGAGGUUUGUGAUAAGAAAUGGAUCCGCUGUUUCUCAGGGGAGACAUAUCGUAAGGACAUUAUCCACCGAGAAGAAAUAUGUGGAGACGACCGACAGAAACGGGGUCAGAACUAUUCGUUUGAGCGACUCAUCUUCGCGCAACUCCUUAUCGUUGGAGAUGCUGAAAGUCCUGGUGCGAGAGAUCAAGAGGGAUGAGGACAACAAGGAUCUCCGGUCAAUCGUGCUAAUGUCCGAACCAGGGAAGGUGUUCUCCGCCGGGCACAAUUUGAAGGAACUGACGGCCGCGAACGCCAAGCUCCACAGGGACGUGUUCGAGGUCUGUUCGGAGCUGAUGCGGGCCAUCAGUCAAAGCCCGGUGCCGGUGAUUGCGGCGGUGGACGGUUUGGCAGCCGCAGCCGGCUGUCAAUUGGUCGCGGCCUGCGACAUCGCGGUGUGCACGGAAAGAAGUUCGUUCUCCACUCCGGGAGCGAAUCUCGGGAUAUUUUGCUCGACGCCAGGUAUACCACUGGUGCGCAAUGUGCCAAGGAAGAGCGCGAUGUACAUGCUUUUCACGGGAUUCUCCAUUUCCGGAAGAGAAGCUUACGAGUGCGGUCUCGUUAGCAAAGUCGUGGCGAACGAUAAGCUCGACGAAGAAGUUCGUCGAACUACAGACGCAAUCAACACAAAAAGCCGCUCGGUCAUGCAUAUCGGUAAAACAUUUCUGUACGAGCAAAUGACUUUUGAUAUAUCGAAAGCAUAUGCUCUGGGCACCGAGAAAAUGGUAAACAAUUUAAAAAUGAAAGACGCGCAGGAAGGAAUACAAAGUUUCUUGGAAAAGAGAAAGCCCAAUUGGUCCCAUAACUAUGAGAAUAAUUAAUUAUAUGUACGAAAUAUUUUUUAUACGUGAAGCUUUUUACAAUUAAUAUUUGUAAA